ACGCGGUCAAAAUACGUCAUCAGGUAGAAGCAACCAACCACCCAACUGACGUCCAGCUCGAGGUUCUACUUAUCUGGCCUAUGCUACUUGCGACCAAGCCCGCGCCUUGCGGCCGCGUUUGCGCCACCUACAGCCCGGGAGGGUGAGCGUCAUGGCGGCUUCCGGCCCACUCCCAGUGACCCAGGACCUGUCCACGUUGCGUGCCACGCUGCAGGGGCUGCUGCGGUUCCUGAGGGAAGCCCUGUCCAUUUCCAAUGCACAUACGGUGGACUUCUACACAGAGUCCGUGUGGGAGCAACUGGUCGACUUGCCCCCAGACGUGGUGCUGGCGACACUGAAGCGGUUCGCGUCGGAGGCGGAGGCACCGCCCUCUGAUUGGCGCCCCCUGCUGGGAACCAAGAGGAGAUCAGAUCUUACCAGUUUUCCCAAAAUAUUUUGUGAAACUUCCCAGAAGCUGGUGAAUGUGGAAGCCUUUGCUGUAGCUGUGAAAUAUUAUUCUGUGCAAAACUUGGGACUGUGUACUCCUUUUGAACAGUUACUAGUAGCCCUUCGAGGAAAUCAAAAACAGAGAACUGAUGGAAAUGUGAAACCAGAUGAGUUUAUGAAUUUGAAAAAAUCUCAUGAAGUUCAGGCAAUGUCAGAACUAAUCAGCAGCAUUGCUGAUUACUUUGGAAUAAAGCAGGUAAUUGACCUGGGUUCUGGAAAAGGCUACCUCAGCUCCUUUUUGUCCUUGAAGUAUGGCUUAAACGUCUAUGGAAUUGAUUCCUCUAAUGCCAACACUCAUGGAGCUGAGGAGAGAAACAGGAAAUUGAAGAAACAUUGGAAAGUCUGUCAUACUCGGUCAAAAUUAGAUGUCAAUGGACUGGCAUUAAAAAUGGCAAAAGGAAAGAAAGUACAAAAUGAAAGUAAAUAUAAAGCAGAUACUGGGGGACUCUGUAGCAGCAGUCCUACAAGUCAAGAAAAGAUGUAUUCCUCAGAUUUUUUGCCAGAUUUUUCAGGUGCUGUGAUUUCUAACAUCAGAAAACAAAUGGAAAACCUGCAUGUUUACUCACAUCAAGAAGAAAAUUUGUGUUUUGAAAAUGCCUCUUCUCUCAUAGACCUUUUACCUGUUAAUGCCAUAGAACCUACUUCUUCAUUCCAAAUUUCCAAGAGAAAAAAGUCUGAAGCAAAUAGAGAGAGAAGAAAAAUGACAUCAACGUCAAGUGAAUCAAAUAUAUAUUCACCUUUAACAUCUUUUAUCACUGCCGAUUCAGAACUUCAUGAUAUCAUUAAGGAUCUGGAGGACUGUUUGAUGGUAGGUCUGCAUACUUGUGGUGAUCUUGCUCCAAGUACUCUGCGAAUAUUUGCUUCCAAGUCUGAGGCCAGGGGACUUUGCAGCAUAGGUUGCUGUUAUCACCUCUUAUCUGAAGAGUUUGAAACCCCACGUGAAGCUGCAGAAUGUACCCAAGAAAAGUGGGGAUUUCCAAUGUGCCAAUACUUAAAGGAAGAAAAAUGGUGCUGUGGUCGUAAUGCCAGGAUGUCAGCAUGUUUGGCACUGGAACGGGUUGCAGUUGGCCAAGGGCUGCCUACUGAAUCACUCUUCUAUCGAGCUGUCCUUCAGGAUAUUAUUAAAGAUUGUUAUGGCAUCACCAAAUGUGAUCGCCAUGUUGGUAAAGUUUAUUCCAAAUCCUCUUCCUUUCUGGAUUAUGUCAGAAAGUCUCUAAAGAAGCUUGGAUUAGAUGAGUCCAAGCUGCCAAAAAACAUUAUAAUGGACUACUACGAGAAGUAUAAACCUAGAAUGAAUGAGCUGGAAGCUUUUAAUAUGUUGAAAGUUGUUCUGGCUCCUUGUAUAGAGACACUGAUUCUUCUGGAUCGACUUUGCUACCUUAAAGAACAGGAAGAUAUUGCAUGGUCUACACUUGUGAAGCUGUUUGAUCCUGUGAAAUCUCCCAGAUGUUAUGCUAUUAUUGCUCUGAAGAAGCAGCAAUGAUUUCAGUUGAGGAAGGUAUUAGAUGUAUCUUUUUGUAGAACCUAAUUUUGCUUUUCUAAAUAUGUAUGUUGUGUUAUGUAAAUAUUUGAAAAACAUUGCUAUAUAUUUUAAGUAAACAAUAAACAGCUAACAACAGAAUGCCAUAAUCCAUUUUUCCAUUGAUAAAUUGCAUAUUAUUAAGAUAAGAACUCAUGAAAAUAUUAUGUGAUUGACCUACAUUCCUGAGUUAGUAGGUCAAUAGAAUGUAAUCUGAGCUUUGUUUCCUGUUCAGGAUUUGAGACUCUUGAUAUUUUCUACAUACCACAUUUUGAUUUGUAUUGACUUAACAACAGAUGAAAAGUUUAGGUGUAGAUACAGUAAAAUUAGUUGGUACAGAAGGUCAUUUGUGUUUUCCUCCACAUUUUAGAAAGGUUUUCCAUGUUAUCAGAAAGGGAAAAAUCAACAUUUAAAGCAGGAACCAGGCCAGAAAUAAAAGUGCCUGAUAUAAAGCAUAUUUUACACUGUGUUUUA